AUGGCGAGGCGAAAUCGAAUGAUAUUGUUAUCUAUAAUACUCAUAAUUAUAUUAGGGUUUUCGAUAAAUAAUACGACAAGAUGGACGGCGCCAUCAUUAGAGUCUACUAAUGAAGUAUUGAACUUAAAUUUGACAAACUUUGUGGAUCUUAGAAUCGGGACUGAAAACGAGGGUCAUAUAUUUCCAGGAGCAUGUUUGCCAUUUGGAAUGGUGAAAGUUGGACUUGACACUGAUUUUAGCAAAGAUUUUCAUGCUGGAUACACAGUUAGAGGAGACGUCACGGGGAUUUCACGCACGUAUUUGACCAACAUUAAAGUGAUUAGGAAUUUACAUGUGAGUGGCACUGGGGGGGAAGCAAAAUAUGGUGUAAUCAGUCAACUUCCAAUUGUCGCAUCACUCUCUGAGAUAAACCUUUCCAUCAUAAAAUCGCCAAGGUCGUUUGAACGCUUCACACCUGGCUAUUCCAUAUUCGGUCUCAAGCGAUAUAACAUUACCGUGGAGUUGACAGCCACCCGACGAGCCGCAUUACAUCAAUACACCUAUCCCGAAAACGCUAGUAAUAAUUCUCAUGUGAUAAUUGAUAUAUCUCACUUUUUGCAACAAGCUUGUGCCUGGUGCACAGGAAAAUUCCAUGAUGGUGCUAUCUAUUCUGUGAACAAUACUCAGGUAAAAGGCAUGGGUCGAUAUUCAGGCGGAUGGAACUUAGGAGGUCCUUACAAGGUCUAUUUCUGCUCUCAAUUUGAUACUCCGGCUAUAUUUUAUUCCACUUGGUGGAACUUUCUCAUCACGAACACAAGUUUUGAUGUUGGGGCAGAUGGGCAUCCUAUCGGUGCGAUUCUAACUUUUGAUACGAAAAGUACACGUGUAAUAAGAUCUAGAGUUGGGAUCUCCUUCAUCUCGGCCACGCAGGCUUGCCAAAAUGUAGAAUCAGAGAUUCCAAAUUUUGAUUUUAUACAAAUAAAGAGAGAGGCAAUCAAAGCUUGGGAAAGAGAGUUGGAGAAGAUAGUGGUUGAGGGCGGUGACAAUGAGGCAAAGACAAUAUUUUACAGCAGUUUGUACCGUACUAUGCUUAUGCCGAGUGACAGAACGGGGGAAAACCCAAAAUGGGAAUCAUUUGACAAUAAUGGAAAGAUUAUUCCACACUAUGAUGAUUUUUAUGCUUUGCGACAAGUUGACAUUGUUCGUUCGCUAAUUGAUAUUUACAAAAAUGAGGGAUAUAUGCCAGAUGGUCGGAGUGGUUUGGAGAAUGGAAUAACCCAGGGCGGAUCAAAUGCUGACAUGCUUUUGGCGGAAACCUUUAUUAAAAAUAUCGAUCGCAAUUCAGAAAUAGACUGGUCACUUGCCUAUCAAGCUUUACUUAAAGAUGCUGAGGUUGAUCCUUGGAGUCGAGGUUUAUACGAAGGAAGGUUGUUUUUAAAUUGGUACAAAAAAUUAGGAUACAUUCCUACAGAAGUCCUUACCAGGAUGGGGUAUGCUUUUAGUCAGUGCAGUCGAACGCUAGAGUAUGCAGCGAACGACUAUGCCAUCAGUUUGGUAGCAAAGGGUAUGAACAAGAAAAUGGACUACGUGAAGUACCGAAAUCGUUCCAGAAAUUGGGAAAAUCUGUGGUACCCUAAAGAAUUUCAGGGUUUUACUGGAUUCAUCCUACCAAGAUUUAGCAAUGGUAAAUUUUACACAGAAUGGGAUAUUAUGGACACAUAUGGAGGAGUAACUCCGUUCUAUGAAGGCACCUCUUGGGAAUAUAGCUUUUAUGUUCCUCACGAUAUCAAAAAACUAAUUGAACUCUCGGGUGGCCCUAUAAAAUUUGAGGAGCGUCUUGACAAAACAUUUGAUAACAGUGAUCCUUACAGAUUGUAUCUUAACAAAUAUUUUAAUAUUGGAAACGAACCAAGUUUCUUGACCCCAUGUUUGUAUCAUUAUAUUGGGAAACAGUGGAAAAGCGUCAAAUUAAUCAGAGAUAUCAUGAAAACCAAGUUCAGAAGUGACAGAUCUGGAAUCCCUGGAAAUGAUGAUUCAGGGGCAAUGGGGUCUUGGUACGUCUUUCAUGCGAUAGGAAUAUUUCCAAAUGCCGGCCAAGAUGUCUACUUUAUAAACUCCCCUCAUUUCAAAAACGUUACAAUUAAACUCUCCGAUUCGUCUGAUUCAAUUUUAACAAUACUUGCAUAUAAUCUUUCCCCUACGAAUAUUUAUGUUCAGUUAGCAAGGCUCAACGGAAAAUUUUGGGAAAAAACAUGGUUUAAACAUUCUGAUAUUGGUAACGGUGGAAAAUUAGAAUUGUGGAUGGGUGCAAAUGUGAGCGAAACUUGGGGAGUUGGCAAACACUUAAUAUAUCCGCCAAGCCUGAGUGAGGAGGCCGUUGAAACCGGACUUCCCUUUAUUUCUAGUAUCGAACCCGACCUCGUGGUUGAUGAGGUUUUAGAGAAAAAGUAG